GUAUACUCGAUCAUGCCGCCAACAUGCCGCUACCCACCGUGAACGCGUCCACCUCCUCGCCGCUGUCCUGGGUUGCUCCUCGACCUCACCGUCAAUCAUGUCCGCCGAGGCGCCUCCGCGCGACCUGAAGCACAAGUUGCUCGCGCUGCCGAAUACACUGGGGGAAUACCUCCACUCGAUCCCAAACGACCACCCGCUGCAGAUCGCCCUGCGGACUUACGCGCUCUCAAUCUCCCUCUCGCUCGGUCCCGCUUUGGUACCAUUUCUAACCAGUGAGAGGGCACGGAGGAGUGGCCUGACGCGUCUGGGGAAGAUACUGGGGCGCGAACUGGGGGUGACGGGGUUUGCUUUCGCUAUGACUGCGGGCGUGGGCGGCGGUGCGGUCCUGCGGGACGUGUUCGAUCUUCUGGCGGAGCAAGGCAGUCCAGGGACGGAUGAAGGCGAUUCGAUAUGUGGGCCCGCGCGAGCGAAGGCUGUCGGAUGGCUGGCUUCGUUGAAGGAGUCGCAUAGGACAUUCCUUGCCAAUGUUCUUUCGGCCGCUAUGGCCAUGACACUCUUUCAUUGCAGACGCCCCCCGCCUGCCUCAGCGAAGGCGAGCAUAGCUAUACCAUUCACCCCUCCUCUAUCCCCCAGCUCUUCUUCAAAACCUACGCCAUUCGCAGGUCGCCCAUCCAUCACCCUUGACUUGACUCUCUUACUCCUGGUCCGCGCCAUGGAUGCCUUAGCCCAGGUUACCAUACAAAAAGGUUGCGAAGUGAUUGAGAAGAACGACAGUGUCCACGGAAAGGAAGCUGCAAUGCGCCGCAGGCGUCUGCUCAGUAUGCGGCUGGACGCAUUGGUAUUCUGGGCGAGCAGCGCAAGGAUCAUGUGGUGCUUCUUCUACCAGCCGGAAAGGCUACCACGCUCGUACAACAAAUGGAUCAUGACCGUCGCGAACAUCGAUCCCCGCAUCCUUGCCGCAAUGCGUGCAUUGCGCUCCGGAACUUGGUCAUACAGGCGCCAUCACUCCGUACAGCCGGACCUGUUAUCCUCCCUGUCGCAAGACCUCGGGUAUCCAGCAGCAUGGGGGGACAUAACUCGCUUGCCCGCACGCGGCGGGCCUGACGCCACUGCUGUAUGGAAGGAACUCGGCGUGAAGGGCCGGGAUGGAAUCGGUGGUACACCGUGCGAGCUCGUACACGCCAACGCCUCUGGCGGUAGCUGUAGCAAGAACACCGCGCUCAGAGGCACGCAGGCAUUCGCAUCUGCUAUGGCCAUAUACCUCCCAGUGCACUUCCUGCCCAUCCUGCUCACCCGUCCGCGCACCCUCCUCCGCCCCUCCAAACUCAUGCAAACGCUCCUCGCCGUCCUCCGCAGCGCCUCUUUCCUCAGCACGUUCGUCUCCUGUAUCUGGGCCGCCGUCUGCCUCACGCGCACGGUCCUCCUCGCGCGUCUCUUCCCGCGCAUCUCGCACGACGUCUGGGACGGGCCCUUCGGGUGCACGUUCGCCGGGAGCCUCGUAUGCGGGGGUAGCAUAUGGAUCGAGCAGGGACGGAGGAGAGGCGAGAUGGCGCUGUACGUCCUGCCGAGGGCGAUCCGGGCGUGCUUGCCGGAGAGGUGGGUGAGAAGCGGGGCGCAGGGCGUGCAAUGGGGUGAACGUCUCGCGUUCGUACUUUCGCUGUCGACUAUCCUGACCGCGGCGAUCCACCGUCCGGACUCGUUGCGCGGGCUGUCGCGAUGGACCCUGGCGUUCAUCAUGAAAGGCCCGAACGCUGGCUUCUGGAGGCGCAAGCGGCGCGGCGAGUCCGUGCCCCCUACGCCUGUCGAAACGACACCAGCUGUCGAUACCCAGCCAAGACCAUACACGCUAUGAGACAAACGACCCCCUUCGUAUACACAUUGCUAUUCAUUCCGAGACUCGAAACGAUCCAUCGUUGUCAGCCGCCGCCCUCUUCUGACACAGUCGCCGUCUGCACCAUCGCCGACCAGUUCGCCAAUGCACAACCGUCUUCCCCGUCUCCACUGCUGUAGUCAAUACCUGUUGUCGUGUGUGUCCAGUAAUGUUUGUAAGACCUGUCCCUGUACGCAUACCCGGUGACACGCAGAACAAUAUAUGUAAAUGUUCAAAGAGUAAACUCUUGUCCUUCGGACAGAAUCAACGACGUUGCCUUUG